AUGACAACUAACGGCCAUACCAAUGAAGCAGCAGAGCGACCCAAGACGGAUAUAAAAGUAAUAGUGGUUGGGGCUGGAUUUGGUGGCCUAGGAGCGGCGAUAGAGUGUCACCGUCAGGGACACGAUGUCGAGAUAUACGAGGCAUUCCCAGAGCUCAAGACGCUUGGAGAUAUCAUCUCGUUUGGGCCAAAUGCGGGGAGAAUUUUCUAUCGUUGGUCAAAUGGCGAAGUAGUCCAACGAAUGAGGCCCCUGAGUAUCGACCUGAGGAAGUACGGUUUCAAUAUUCAUAAAUAUGACACCGGCGAGAUUGUUAUUAACCAGAAGACACCUCAAUAUGCUGAGGAUGCGCCAAAUUUUAACGGCCACAGGGGCGAGUUACACGAAGUAGUCUUUAACUACGCCAGAGACGAUCUCAAAAUACCAAUUCACUUAGGACACAAGAUCCAGACUUACUUUGAAGACGAGAAAAAAUCAGGUAUCGUGCUCGAAGAUGGUAGAAGAAUCGCCGCCGACGUAGUCAUCGCGUCAGAUGGAGUACGCUCUAAGGCACGAAAGUCCGUGCUGGGCUAUGAAGAUAAGCCAAAAAGUAGUGGAUAUGCUGUUUGGCGAUCAUGGUUUCCAAAUAAGGACAUGCUCGCCGACCUGGAGACUGCCCAGUUCUGUAAUAACGGCGAUACUUUCAACGGGUGGAUCGGACCGGACAUGCACUUUUUGUUCAGCACUAUUAAGAACGGCUCCGACUGCUGCUGGGUGCUAACUCAUCCGGACGAGCAUGACAUUGACGAGUCGUGGAGUUUCCCAGGGAAGCUCUCGGAAGUUAAAGAGGCAUUGAAAGGCUGGGAUCCUCUGUGUACUCGAAUCGUCUCGAAAACACCCGAGGAUACGCUUGUUGAUUGGAAGUUGGUAUAUCGGGAUCCUUUGCCUACCUGGGUCAGCCCUUCUGGACGGAUCCUACUUUUAGGAGAUUCGGCGCAUCCAUUCCUCCCUACGAGUGCCCAGGGAGCAACUCAGGCGCUCGAAGACGGCGUAGUUAUCGCUGUGUGUCUGCGACGAGGCGGUAAGGAAAACGUCCCGACCUCUGUCAAGGCACACGAGAAGAUAAGAUACGAUCGUGUCCGCCAGACCCAGAAGACCGGCGAGAGUACGCGAGAUAUGUGGCACAAGACGGACUGGGAGAAGGUCAAGAAGAACCCCGAGAUAAUCCAAUUCCCGAGACAAGAAUGGAUUUUUGACUUUGACGCGGAGAAGAAUGCCGAGGAAACAUAUGACACUAUUGUUAAGGAACUUCUUGCGGCAUAG